AUGCCUCGCCUCAAGAAAGUUGUUCAUAAACCUGCUCCUUCUGGGCCAAAGUGGUCUGACUGGAUCGUCCCGCCCGCUGUUCACGAGAAAACAUGGAAAUCUUGGACUAUACACGCAGCAGCAGCAGCAGCACGAACUACACCCACCACCAUCAUCACCGCCAGCUUCUCCACCCUCCCUCUCGAGCUGCGCAAUAAAAUCUACUUUUACGCAAUCGACAAGGUACCGCGUCUUACCCUUGUCGGCAGCACGACAGCGUCAGAAGACGAGACGAGCCACGGCGCCAACGACGAAUUACUACCCGUUGACCCAGGUCUAACCACCUGGUUAUCUUCCCUUGCCACUCACCUUCCUAACCAUUUUAAUCUCAACAAACAAUACCGCGCCGAAGCACUCGCGGAACUGCACCACAGCGCACUCAUGCUCCUCACGCACCUGCGCGCCCCUCGUGCAGUGGAUUUUCUCCGCCUCUUGCCUAACGCGAUUGCGAGUGCGACGGUGUUGCGUAUCGUCGAUGUAACGCUUACAACACGCCUAUCUUACUCUGCCUCUUCCCCUCCCUCUACUUCCCACUCUACCUCUACCUCGAGUCCAGUCCCUUUCCUUACGAAUCAAACCUACAUCCACGCUCUAUCUGCCCUAUCCCCUUGCCUCGAAUCUCUUACCCUCCCCCUCUCCUCAGCCAUCAUGCGCGAUCAAAGCCUCUACGAACCACUCCUCGCGCCCCUCGUGGGUGCUAAUACGGCAUUGACGAGGCUUCGCAUCGAAGCGCUGGGCACGCGUUUGGAGGAUGCGCAGCGUGUGGAGAGGUGGGUUUUGGGGGAGGGGGGAAGAGGGGUAAGAGGAGGAGGGAAAGAUUUACGUGUUGUGAUUGAUUUGGCGCCAGGGAACGAUGCGGUUUGGUAUGAGGAUAGUGAAGUGUGGACCGGGGGAGUGCGAUGGGUGCAUAGUAGUGAUUUCUUUGGGUGA